GCGCCGGGAGCAGCCGCCGGGAGCCGCCGCGCGCGUGGAUCGCCGCUCCGUGGGCACCGGGAGCCGCCGCGCGCGAGAAGAGCCCGCGCCCGCCGCCGCCGCGCCCCGCGCCCCGCGCCCCGCGCCGCCAUGAACCACUCGCCGCUCAAGACCGCCCUGGCCUACGAAUGCUUCCAGGACCAGGACAACUCGACGCUGGCCCUGCCGUCGGACCAGAAGAUGAAGACGGGCACGUCGGGCCGGCAGCGCGUGCAGGAGCAGGUGAUGAUGGCCGUCAAGCGGCAGAAGUCCAAGUCCUCCCAGGCGUCCACCCUGAGCCACUCCAACCGAGGUUCCGUGGAUGACGGCCUGGCCGACAACUACAACAACUACGGCACCAGCGGCCGCAGCAGCUACUACUCCAAGUUCCAGGCGGGGCACGGCGCGUGGGGGUACCCGAUCUACAAUGGGACCCUCAAGCGGGAGACGGACACCAGGCGCUUCAGCUCCUACAGCCAGAUGGAGAGCUGGGGCCGGCCGUACCCCCGUGGCCCCUGCACCGCCCCCGGUGCCGGCAGCGACAUCUGCGUCACGCAGAUCAAGGCCAGCCGCAGCGAGCCCGACCUCUACUGCGACCCCCGGGGCACCCUGCGCAAGGGCACGCUGGGCGGCAAGGGCCACAAGACCAUCCAGAACCGCUACAGCUUCUACAGCAGCUGCAGCGGCCAGAAGCCGUCCAGGAAGUACCCGGUGCACCCUGCCUCCUGCAGCCACUCGAGGGCCAGCUCCAAGAUCUGCUGCGAGGACAUCGAGUGCAGCGGGCUGACCAUCCCCAAGGCCGUGCAGUACCUGAGCUCCCGGGACGAGACGUGCCAGGCCAUCGGGGCCUAUUACAUCCAGCACACCUGCUUCCAGGAUGAGUGUGCCAAGCAGCAGGUGUACCAGCUGGGCGGCAUCUGCAAGCUGGUGGACCUCCUCCGCAGCCCCAACCAGAACGUGCAGCAGGCCGCUGCCGGGGCCCUGCGCAACCUGGUCUUCCGCAGCACCGCCAACAAGCUGGAGACGCGGAGGCAGAACGGCAUCCGCGAGGCUGUCAGCCUCCUGAGGAGGACCAGGAGCGUGGAGAUCCAGAAGCAGCUGACCGGGCUGCUCUGGAACCUGUCCUCCACCGACGAGCUGAAGGAGGAGCUGAUCUCGGACGCCCUGCCCGUGCUGGCCGACCAUGUCAUCAUCCCCUUCUCCGGCGGGUGCCGCGGCAACAGCAGCCUGCCCCGGGACGCCGUGGACCCCGAGGUCUUCUUCAACGCCACCGGCUGCCUGAGGAACCUGAGCUCGGCGGACGCGGGCCGCCGGGCCAUGCGCAACUACACAGGGCUCAUCGACGCCCUCAUGGCCUACGUGCAGCACUGCGUGGCGGCCAACCGCUGCGACGACAAGUCUGUGGAGAACUGCAUGUGCGUCCUGCACAACCUCUCCUACCGCCUGGACGCCGAGGUGCCCACCCGCUACCGCCAGCUGGAGUACAACACGCGCAACGCCUACACCGAGAAGUCCUCCACCGGCUGCUUCAGCAACAAGAGCGACAGGGUGAUGAACAACAACUCUGACUGCCCCCUUCCCGAGGAAGAGCCCAACCCCAAGGGCAGCAGCUGGCUGUACCACUCGGAUGCCAUCCGCACCUACCUGAACCUCAUGGGCAAGAGCAAGAAGGACGCCACGCUGGAGGCCUGCGCCGGCGCCCUGCAGAACCUGACCGCCAGCAAGGGGCUGAUGUCCAGCGGUGUGAGCCAGCUGAUCGGGCUGAAGGAGAAGGGCCUGCCUCACAUCGCCCGCCUCCUGCAGUCGGGCAACUCGGACGUGGUGCGGUCCGGGGCCUCCCUCCUGAGCAACAUGUCCCGCCACCCUGCGCUGCACAGGGCGAUGGGGACCCAAGUGUUCCCAGAGGUGACCCGACUCCUCACCAGCCACUCGGGCAACACCAGCAACUCGGAGGACAUCCUGUCGUCGGCCUGCUACACCGUGAGGAACCUGAUGGCGUCCCUGCCGGGCACGGCCAAGCAGUACUUCUCCAGCAACAUGGUCAACAACGUCAUCAACCUGUGCCGCAGCAGUGCCUCCCCCAAGGCUGCAGAGGCCGCCCGCCUCCUCCUGUCCGACAUGUGGUCCAGCAAGGAGCUGCAGGGGGUCCUCAGACAGCAAGGUUUCGACAGGAACAUGCUGAGCACCUUAGCUGGGGCCAACAGCCUCAGGAACUUCACCUCCCGAUUCUAAGAAGAGGCUGCUCGGGCCAGUUCAGCUUGCAGGCGUGAUAUGACCCAGCUGAGAAGACGCAGGCCUGCCGGAGGGUAUUCUGUCCACUGCACAGCCGCUCACCACAGCCGGGAGCAAACCGGAUGCUGUGGAUGACAAAAAUAUUUUUAGAUUCUCUUUUUUUCCUUGGGGAAUGCCGGGCCAUGGGGGUUGGGGAGGGUGGGGGGGUACUUUCUUGAGUUAAGGGGGCUUAUGUCUGAUGUUAACACUUCCGUAGCUGAGAAGCGGUAUACAUACAUGUGUACAGUGUGUGCGUGUGCUGAAAGCAGGACCCCGAACUGCAAAGCGCUGUGUGAGCUGCCGGCUGGUGGAGGGACACGCCCUCACCUGUGCUUUGGGUUCAGCUGCCUGGACGGUGUGUGCCGGGCCGGGGCCUUGCCAGCACCAGGCCCACGGGGAGUCCUGCGGGGUGGGGUGUGGGACUCACGGAGACUGGGGCUCAGCCCGCGCUGGGCGGCGGCUCUGCAGGAAGGGGGUUGGCGGGCUCGGGGUGUCUCCUGGGAAGAUCUGGUUGUGCACUGUGCCGCCCUGCCCGCAGUGCCACGGGGCCGGGGCCGGGCGGGGUGUGGGGUCUGCGGGCCGGGCCGGGACAGGCACGCUUGUUGGGCUUUGUGCAGACGGUCCCGAGAGUAGGUGCCAGAGCGGGGGGUGGCUGUUCUCGCGGGCUGUGUGCCUGUCAGAGCAGGCUCGGCCUGGGAAGCCCCGCCUUCCAGGGUCUCAUCGCAGGAGGAAGGAGGCAGAGUGGUGCUCAAAGCCGCCUUUGAGGGGACGGCCGGCUGGCCCUCAUAUUCCCAGCGGAGGGGCCAGCUGGGCUGGGCAGGGCAGGGAGUCUGCCAGGAGGCUCCUGCCCUGCACAUCUGCCUAGAGCCAAGUGAGGGAGUGUUUUGGGUCCCCGGAGACUUGGAGGAGGGGAAUUUGGGUAGACCAGGAAAAGGAGCCCCCACCCCAGCCAGAGGCCACCCCCUCCUUCCCUGGUCCACAGCCAUCUGUCUCUACUUCCACUUUGUGAAAACCGCGGGGGAUGUGGUAAGAGGCCCGCCAGGGGCACCGGCCACCCCAGACCCCAGACUCCUGUGCAUCUCAGAUACGACGUAGAGGAGGGGUCUCCUGAGAGGGGCUGAGUGCACGGCCCUUAGUCUCCACUGUAAGACAGGGCUGGACACAGCGUCCCCGCCGAGCAGCACUGGUGGUGACCCAGAGGGACUGGCUGCCUGGCGCUCCCUCUUCACUGCCCCUCCCCCAACCCCGUCCAGCCCCACCGCUCACCCCAGCAGUCAGACCUCUGCACCAAGGACCCUCCUGUUGAGAGAUGUGACAGCAGGAUGGCGGGGGGGGCGGGGGGCAGACCCGAGAGCACAGGCCGCACAGCCGGGCGUCCCCUGGUGCUGGGUCUGUGCCACGUCCUCCUCGUCCCUCGUGGUGGUGGGCUGCCUCCCUCCCGGGGCCACCGGGAGCUGGUCCCAGCAGACGGUCACCUCUGCCAGGCCUCAGGGCCCAGAGGCGUUCGUUUCUCAAAGAAACAGGGAGCCAGGCAGUGUUGUCAGCACUGGGCGUGCAUCGUGGGCAGAGAGGCCACACCCCCAACUCAUGUCCUCCUGGAGGAGAGAGGGGCCCCGGGUCCCUGGCUUUAGGGGUCCCCAGUGUGAGAGGACCGUCCAGCCCAGUCAGGGCAAGAGGGAACGGGCCGAGGACCAGGGAGCCUGUGACAGCCCCACGGAGGGGCCCUUCUCCGGCUUUCCUGAGCCCGCGGGGUGAGGGGCCGCGGCCCAGCCUCCGCCUUGGGGGGUGGGCAGCUUUGCAGACUCAGGGGCCCAAGUGCACAGUCAGCCCAGGCCUGGUGUUGGUCACCUCUCUGGCGACGUCUGAGGCUGGCCAGCUGGGCCUGUCACUUUUGGAAGAGGCAGAACUUGGAGGGGCCUGCGGAUGUAUUUCCUAGAGAAGGAGCACGGGGUCUGCUGAGGCCCAGCUCAGGAUGUGAAGCACGUGUUGGCUGCACGCUGCCGGGCCGGGACACUCCAGCUCGGGGCCAGGUGGGAGAGGACCUGCCUCCCUGUCACUGCCCCGACCCUGUGCCUAAGGCAGGCCUGGUCGUGGGCCAGGCAGGGCUGCUCCCAUCCACCCGGGAGCCUGGGCCAGGCGGGGGCUGUGGGUGGGCUGGGGGGUGGGGGAGGCGGGACCCCCUGCAGCCCAUCCGCCCUCUGCUCCGUGUUUACGCAAGAACCUCGUGCUGGCCGGGCCCGCUUCCCUGUGGGGUAUACGAUAUGUUUGCUUUUUUUGAAAUAUGGGAAAUCAAUAAAUUGCUAGCGUUUCUUUGAA